UUCCCCGGCGACUCUGAAUCCCGAGGCUCUGUGACCACUACCUUCCCGGACGACGGCGACUGAUUCGGCAAACUCCAAUUGAAUUUAGGUCAAGCAAGUUACCUUCUUAGAUCGUUCGUGAGAACGUUUAAGAUUGGCGUGUCGUCGAGGUUGUUAUGGCGAUCAGUCCGCAAACUGCAGGUUAAUUAUUCGACUGUGCAGUGCAAUAUUUUUAACUGCUUCGUUACAAGGCCAUGGGAAACGUAGGAUAGAAACAUUCACGAUAUCGUCGACAACAUGGGAAGCGGUUCGUCGCGUACAAGACGGUCAUUGUUGGAGCAUAUACCGGCGUUCCAGUCAUUGCAAAUUGUCAUGCUUGGCCUCGAUGACUCCGGCAAAACCACAGCAUUAUAUCGACUGAAAUUUAAUGAAUUUAUUAAUAGUGUUCCGACCAUUGGAUUCAACGUAGAAAAGGUCAAACCGUCGUCAGGUAAAGCCAAAGGGACCAACUUUACAUUCUGGGAUGUGGGAGGACAGGACAAAAUACGACCGCUGUGGAAAUCGUACACUCGGGGAGCCGAAGGGAUUGUGUUUAUAGUUGACAGUUCGGACGUUGACAAGCUGGAAGAGGCUAAAGUCGAGCUCACCAAGAUCAUCAAAAUGCAGGAUAAUCAAGCAACCCCGUUGCUUGUGAUCGGGAAUAAACAGGAUUUGCCAGCUGCGCUGAGUGUCAGCGAACUCGAAGCGAGAUUAGCAUUACCGGACAUAGUCGGGCAUAUGCAAUUAUGGCAUUUACAACCGGCCUGCGCUAUCACUGGAGAAGGCCUAUUUGAAGGACUUGAUAUUCUUUAUGAAAUGAUCAUUAAAAAGAAGAAGUCAUUAAAGCACCAGAAGAAAAAAAGGUAGCAAUGAGAAGCCAUACAUGAGAAAAAACUCCGUCAUUUACUAACUGUCUUUCCACAGAGAACUGCCUUAUAAUUUUUUUAAUUGACACUGCUUUUUAUUGAAAAAAAAAACAUUUUUCAGUUUUUGACGACACUGAUUCGUGAGUGUAUUUGUUUGUAAACAAUAUAUCAUUUUGUCUUAUGUUAACAACAAACAAUGCACAAGUCCUUUGUUCGCAAGUUCACAUAUGUAUAAUGAAGUUUAUAAUGAAGGAUUUUGUUGUUUUCGAUAAACUCGUCAUAUCUAUUUUUAUCACCGCAAUGCCUUGGUAUAUUCAACUCUUUGUUUUUACAAUUACUGUUCAUCACAUCUGCCGAGCAUACACAUUUUAGAGAUGUACCAUCCGAAAUUUAUGUGAGAUCAUUUUAAGGGACGCACCAUUCAAUAAUUGGACGAAAUUGACCGAAGGGAUAUUUUGUUUUAGACUAACAUGAAAAAGAUUUGCUGCCCACACUUUUAUAUUCCACACAGUGUCUGCUAGUAGUUUUAUUUAUAAAAUUGUACUGCAGUUUACUUUUUGAGGCUUCCCUUCUGAAUUGUCAAAUGAUCCACUCCUGAAAAUACAUGAAUCUUACCCAUUAAUUAAUACAUGUCUAUCACUUAUAUACUCACAAAAAUUGUUCACCGUUUAAAAUGGUACAUUCCCAUUGUAUAAACCAUAUGCAGGUCAAUAUCAGUAUAUGCAGGUCAUUAUCGCUAUAUGCAGGUCAUUAUCAUUACAUGCAGGUCAAUAUUACAAAUAAUUACACUUUAACCUAACCUAUAAAUUUAUUUGUGUUAAAAACUCUACAAAGCUGAACAGAUCUUGCCUUAGUCGUAUCAAAUUGUCAGACUUGUAUAUUGCCACUUUUUCCCCAUAAUUCUUGCUAGGGGAGAGUUCAUAUAUUUAUUAACCAAUGAAUUGAUGUCUCAGAUCAAUACACUGCCACGACAGAAAUCUAAAUACAUUAUAUGUGUAUUAAAAACAGGUACAAUAAAAUAAUUUAUCAUGAAUAAUG